UGAGCGAGACGUACGGCGCCGUGUUCACCAUCUACCUUUCCCAUGAGCCUGCGGUGAUCCUGGCCGGCUACGACUGCGUCAGGGAGGCGCUGGUGGAUCACGCCAAGUCAUUCGGAGGGAGAGGGACCAAUGAUCUGGGUUACCUGCUGUUUAAAGGUUAUGCUCCUCAACGUAUUUCCGAAAACACUCCAUGCUCUCCCCGGACCUCAUCAGAAGAUCUUCACAAAUCUGGAGAAGUUAAAGGCUUUCAUAUCCGAGUCGUUGGAAAGUCACAGAAAGACUCUUGAUGUGACCUGUCCGCGCGAUUUCAUCGAUAGCUUCCUGAUCAAGAUGGAGGAGGAGAAGGACAACCCCAACACUGAAUUCCAUUUUGAUAACUUAUUUGGGACAGUCAUCGACCUCUUCUUUGCAGGGACAGAAACCACGAGCACAACUCUGAAAUAUAGCCUCAACAUUCUGAUUAAAUAUCCAGAAGUGCAAAGAAAACUUCACGAAGAGCUGGACCGCGUUGUUGGCCAGAGCCGCUGUCCUUCGUUGGAAGAUCGCGUGAAGAUGCCAUACACGGACGCCGUCAUCCAUGAGAUCCAGAGGAUGGCAGAUAUUACACCCAUGGCACUUCCACACGCAACUACAGAAAACACUACAUUCCGAGGAUACAACAUUCCGAAGGGUACCCUGGUCUUCCCCAUGUUGACUUCAGUCUUAAAAGACCCCAAACACUUUAAGAAUCCGCAGCAGUUUGACCCUUCGCAUUUCUUGGAUGAAAACGGCUGUUUUAGGAAGAACGAAGCCUUCCUGCCUUUCUCGAUCGGGAAGAGGAGCUGCCUCGGGGAAAGCCUGGCCCGGACGGAGAUAUUCCUCUUCCUCACGACUAUUUUGCAGAAGUUUCACGUGAAGUCCGACUCGGCCCCCGGAGACAUUGAAAUCACCCCAGAGCCUCAAAAAAACGGAGCAUUGCCCCGAACCUAUAAAGUCUACGUGAAUCCGAGAUGAACGAUUUCUCCUUACAGAGAAAUGUAACGGGAUUACCAAACUGCGAAU